GCAAAAUACUGUAAAUAGGAUUCUUAUCCGCGUUCGGUAGCGGUCCAGCUAACUUUGAAGCUAACGAUGCCUGGGAAAUGUAAAUUCCAGGAUUCCUGGCUGACCAAGGACGCUUUCAAGGACUGGCUGGUGAAAGACGCCGAUGACAUCCAUUUCGCUCGGUGCCGGGCCUGCUGUAAAUCAAUCAAACUUCAGACCAUGGGCGAGGCUGCUCUCACCAGCCACGCAGGCGGAGCCGGCCACAAAGCUGCGGUCCGAAAGCUGCUGGAAGGUGGUUUAAUAGGCGACUCAAGACAGAUGAACGGCAACACAAAUCUGGUAGAGAAGAGCAAGGAGCAAAUGGCCCUUGCCCUCCAGCGUGAAGCUUUGGACAGAAUCACAGGCAGCGACUGGUCAGACCUGCAUCAGAGUCCCUCUACAAACUCCAGCUCCCACAAUGCAGAGCUGCAGGAUGCGGCUUUUCCUGUUGCGUACUUCACCGUCCCAGGAACCUCGAGAACCAUCAACCAUCAGCUCCAUCCGUCCGACAUCAAGGAGGAGGAGGUCAGCCGCCGCCUGACCCCUCAUGACUCUGUGGACUUUUCGAGACUGGAGCUCCAGCAGCGGACAGAGGCUUUGGAGCAGCUGGAUCAUAUGAAGAUCCUGGAGUGGGAAAACCGGAUGAAGGUGCUUGCCUGGGAACAGGAGCUGGUCAGGGAGAAAAGGAAAGCAGCUCGACAGAAGGAGAAGGCCUUCAGGAUGAAAAAGGCCUAUUACAAGGCCAAACUAAAGAGGCUGGGUGAAGACGUGCCCCCGUCCUCCUCCAGCAGUGGUGAAGAAGACGAAAAAAUAUCUGAGCUUAACGGUUGAGCUUAACGCUUGUUUCAUUCUCGUGGUGUUUGCCUAUAAUCUUUGGGAUUAUUUUUGAUAGAUUUCUAUACUGAAGGUCCUAGUGUGGGUUAGUGAAAAUAGACAUUGAUUGGAUAUUCACAAUACGGAACACAAAAAUACAAACUUUGGGUUCCUCUGUGGUCUGGAAAAAUCUGGAAUUUGAUUCAAUUUGUUUUCCAAGAAUGGAAACGACUGAAAAAAAUCUAAAUAUUUGUCUUUCCUUCCCUCCCUCACGUUCUACCUUCCUUCAUUCAUCCUUCCUUCUGUCCUUGUGUCCUACCUCCUUCCUCUCUUCCUUGCAUCCUUCAUUCGGUUGUUUUUUAUUUGUUUCAACAUCUCUUGUAAAAAAAAAUCUGCCAUACAGUCUUGGCGAAUGUUAACAUUUUAUAUUUUAAAGUGGAAGUGAAGGCUGAGUCUGGAAGUUUUACACGAAUAACUUGUUGCAACCAUGAUGACAUAUGUACUGUGACAUAUGGCGGUGAAUGGGUGAAUGAUAGUAGUGUGGAGUGUUUUGGAGUUCUCUGGAUGAAGCUCUACACUAGUACAGGCCAUUUAACAUGUGCAGGAAUGCACAGGUUUGUGCGUGAUGGCAGCUGGUUGUGUGGCAGCUUUCCUUAAAAAAAAAAACAACACAACUCUUAUUUGGAACGAAGCAGUUCUAGAGUGAAUGUGGUACUGAUGUUUAAACACAAAAAGGCACAAUAAUGUUGUGAAGUGGAAGAAAAUAUAUAUUUGAUUACUGUGUAAGAUGCACAUUAACCACAACAGAAAUGCUGUAUCUGUAUUUUUAUUUUUUUUACAUAAUGGCAUUGUGUUUUUUUUUUGUUGUUGCUGUUGUUGCAUUAUGUUCUUUUAAAGUAAUGUGUUUUUUUAAAGUUGCUUCAACUGAUGUCUGAAUUCAUUGGUCGUCUCUAAAUGCACAAUUUGUAACACUCUUAUUGAGCAUGGUAUUAGAUUUUGCUGUUAAAAUCAAUGUAUCGGUUCAAAAAAUGUAAUUUUCAUAAACAAAGGAAUGAAUAGUAAAUUUUCCUUCUGAGAUUUGA